AUGCCAAUGUCUGAGUUGCAGCGCCUGUACGCCGCAGCGCAAGGAGCGCAGCCGGCAGCACCAGCACCAGCACCAGCGCCACCACGAGAUGGUCGGGCACAGGCUGGAGGCGAGCAUUUCCAGCAGCAGAAUCUAGGACUCCGCUACCCGGACGCGAGACAGAAGAAGCUAGCAAUUAGGCCAUUCGACGGCAAGGAGUUGUACGUGGGACUCGGAUCCGGAUUCCUCGAGUGGGGUCGACGCUUCGAGAGACAAGUGGAUUUGCUGGGGCAUUACCUAGCGGGGACUGCAGAAAGGUACUAUAACAAGCAAGUAGAUGCCUGGUGGACACAGCUGCCCACACUGCAAUACGCAAGAGAUCGUGGCCCGAACACUAUAUGUACUUGGUCGCCGUAUCAGAGACAUGCGGUGGCGGGGCAGACUACCUUGUGCUGA